GGCCGCUGAUAGCGUGACGGUCGCGCGGACGUCCUUCCCGGUUGCGACGUGCGCUCGCUGCCGUCAGGACGUCGUUAGCUUCUCUUCGUGAGAUGCAGACGUUUGGGGAAUUUAACGCCGAACGGAACCGCACAGGAUCCGAGGCCAAAUUCUACUUAGUGAGGGGAAACGGGAGAAACGGUGACCCUUGACCUCAUCGUCACGAUGCAGUUCCUGGCGCACACGGCCCACUGGCAGUUUGCGGGCCUGCUAACCGGCUGCCUGGGGUGGAUCCUCACCAUGGCCACGGCGGGCACGGACGAGUGGCGCCUGUGGCACGUGGACCCCGAGAACCGGACGGCCGUCAUCACCUCGGGCGUGGCCUGGGUGGGCAUCUGGCGGGCCUGCUUCCACAGCCACGCCACGCCCGAGAUGGAGAACUGCCAGAGCAUGGGCGUCUCGGACGGCUUUGUCCCGCCGGAGAUCCGGGCGGCGCAGGUUCUGCUGGUGUCGGCCGCGCUGGGCGGCCUGGCCGGCAACGCCGCCGCGGUCGAGGCGGUCAGGCGGGUCUACUUCUCCAUCGGGGAUCGCGGCGGCGUGCGUGCGGCCUUCGUCCUGGCGGGGGCGCUCUAUCUCCUGACGGUGGCGCUGGUCCUGGUGCCCCUGUUGUGGAACAUGAACUCCGUUUUGAACGACGACGCCAUCCCCUUCCCGCCCCGCUUCAGGCUUCCCGCGGCCCCCGCCGGCCAGAGAGUUGGCGCGGCCGUCGGGGUGGGCUUCGUGGCCGCCGUCCUCAUGCUCAUCAGCGGGCUGCUGUUUCUCAGCUACCAACACGUGUGGAAAACCCUCCGACCCGAGCUGCCCAGACGGAGAGUGCCGGCGGAGGACGAGCGAGCCAGGGAUAAUCCCGCUUUCCGUGCUGAUCACGAGUUGUGAACACGUAUCAAACAAUAACUUCAACAAAACCUUCAGUCGGGUUCCAAAAUGAAAAACGUUGGUACAGAUCAGUAUCAUGAUUGGCUAUGAAAGGAGGACUAGCCGAAAGGCUCAAUUGUUCACAAGCGAUCUCGUUGGAAUGUCCGGCGACGUACAAUUGCAAAGAAUUUCGGGAUUUCUUUAGCUACAAUUCAUAACAGAAUCCAAAAAUUCUGAGAAUCUGAAGAAAAGCGACACUGAAUCUCCGUGACCUUUGAUCCCUCAGUCGUGGGUGCAUUACCGUCUGGACUGCUAUCAACGCCGAGUUCAAAACCCAAGCAUCACCCAUGGUUUAGAGGGCGUGGUAGGGGCCGCGUCUGCGAAGGUUGCUGCCAUCCAAGCAAUGUGCCUUACAGGGACGUCGCUGCUUAUUUCAGCAAAGACGUUGCCGAGUCGCAUCUUGCGUUUACAACGGAUCUAGCGCUGUCGUAAGACCGCGAGUACUAGUUUGGCCUGCCGCCAGUCCCGACCCACUGAAAAUGUGUGCAGGACCGAAGAAGAACUUGAAAGAAGUGCACCUGAAAAGCUCAAACGGCGAAGCGUCCUCAGUUCCCAAAAGCUCAUCGAGUGUUGUUAAAAUGGAGGAUGAUGUAACGCCGUUGUAAACAUGGCCGCCUCUCAGAUUUAUUAGAAGGUGUUGCAGGUAGUAAAUUUGUGAAUAUUUAAAAAACCAACCCAAAAAAGUUGUUCAAUUUGAAUAUUAAAUAUUUUGUCUUUGGAUUUGCAAAUUGUUGAAUUUUAUUUUUUUUACACAAUGUUCCAACUAAAUUGGAUUUUGUACUGUAUUGUAGAAAUAUAUUUGUCGCAUAAUACUGACUAAACCCACCAGAUUUGAUACUAGUAGCAAGGAGGUAGUACUAGUAGAUAUUUGAUAAUAGUAGCAGCAUGAUUUACAAGCACCCCAUUUCCAAGUUAUGUCGACUGGUCAAUUUUUUUUUUUUUUUUUUGUGGGGUGGGGGGGUGAUUUUAUUUUAUUUGUGUUGCGAAUUGUAUUUUUACCAUACAAAAUUGGUACAACAGCAUCAAAUCUUUAUCUUUUCUGUAUCCGUAAAGUUUCAAAUAUUGAUUUUUGCUGCGCAUCGUGUAAUCAUUUAUUGCCAUUUGGUAUCAAUACACCAGCAUAAAGUAGCGAACUUGCGCUGCAUUGUCAUAUUUUGAUUGUGUAUCGAUGCACAAAUAAUACAGUACCAUUUUUAUUUUUGCCUUUGGAUUUCAUCUUCGUAUUUUACAAUACAACAUUGAGACAACAGCAUCAAAUAUUUUAUCUUCUGAUUCUGUAUCAAUGCAUAAUUGAUCAAAUAUUGAUUUUGCUGUGCAUUGUAUCAUCAUUUAUUAUUGGUUGCAAUCAAUACACCAGCAUGAAGUAGCGACUUUGCGCUGUAUUGUCAUAUUUUGAUGGUGUAAUAAUAUGCAGUACAAAUAAUACAGUCCCAUUUUCAUUUUUGCCUUUGCAUUGCAUCUUCGUAUUUUACUAUU